AUGAAACGGCUUAUUAAGAGAUGUCCUUACUGCUCUGUCAAGGUAAGUCUUAUUAUAAACGUUUGCUAUGGCAGUGAUCAGAAAAUCUAUCUCCCAGAAAAAAAAACUGCAACAACAACAAAAGCAAUAAAGCUAACAACAUUAUAGCAUAAUGAUGAUGAUGAUCACGAUGAUGAUAGCGAUGAUGAUGAUGACAAUGAUGAUGACGAUGAUGACGAUGGUGGUGGUGGUGGUGGUGGUGGUGGUAACGCUGGUGGUGAUGAUGAUGGUGGUGGUGGUGGUGGUGGUGAUGGUGAUGAUGAUGACAAUGAUGAUGAUGAUGAUGAUAACAAGAACAACAAUAACACUAAUAAUAAUAAUAAUAAAUACCUGGUGGCAACUUAUGUCCACUGCCAGAUCUGCAGAGAAUGUGACAUGAAUAGUCUGUGCCUACACUCACCAUGA